AAGAGCUAGCUGGGCGUAAGGGAGUUCUUCGCUUGCUGGCUCCAUGCAAAGAGGUGUUCAAAGCUUUGACGCUAGCUAAGAAACUAGGACCAGAAGUUUACGAAGGAACCGAAGGCAAUAUAAGGAAGCUACUUUGAGAUGUACCUGAGCUAAUGGGCGCCUUAAUCCACACCGCUAAAGAUGGGGACUGGAGUAGGCUGGCAGUGGUUUCAAAGUUGAGGCAGCUGAUGACAGAAAUAGAAGAUGAAUUCGUUGAGGAAGAAGAGGUAUGAAGAGAUAACUUACAAGUUGUAUGUGGAUAGUUAUACUUGCUUAUUGAGUUGUGGAUGAUAAUUUAGGCUUCAGACAAUUUGGUUCUAGGAUUUCAGGUUCAUCGAUUUGCAGGGUAUCCAUGGUAGUUACACCCUCAUCCUAGCUUUACCAGAAAUACAUUUUCUCAAUCAUCGUUUGGUAAAUUUGCAAUGGAAACUCACUGAAAAUCAGAAGGGGAAAUGGGGAAAACCCAGUGGUAAUUUUUUGGGUUACUCACCAUCAAAACUUUUCUCUAGACUUCCAAUUUUUUUGAACGGUUGAUUGAAGUGUGGCCGGCAGUAUAACACCCCUUCAAAGGAAUUGUAGUUGCCAAGCUGCAAAGUGAAAUCCAAGUGAAGCUCUUAAUUGACUCAACUUGUAGUGUGGUUAGAUGUGGUCUGAGCUCCUGUAAUCGUAGAUACCAGCCAACUAGAUGAUGGAAAUAGUAGGUUUUGUUGCUGUUCAUUAUGGUCUGCCAUAAUUGAUAAAACUUAUUUGAUUCUCCCCCAAUAUUUGUGUUUUGGAUAUCUAAGCACUCAUCACACUGACAUCAGAUACACUGUUUUGGCCGGUUAACUGAUAUUGGUAUUUUGCUUUCUUUAAUUACGACCAAGUCCUAAUGGACCGAGUACAAGAAUUAGCUUGUCUUUCAUAGAUGUCAAUUAGCUUGUCUUUUAUUCACGUUAGCUUAAGUGGGAACCUCUUUCUAAGCACUAUUAAGAUUGUAGUUGUUCAACUUUGCUUUUGAAGUCCCCUGCUACUUUCCCUGGGGUCUUUGUAUCUCUGUUCAUUCAUUUUCCCUUGCUUUGACAACAUUGGUAGAAGUCAGUUACCUUGUUUUUCAUGCAUGUAUGCUUAAGUGGGAACCUUUUUCCUUUCGUUGGAAGUUAUGAUUGUGAGAGAAGCUUGCAUCUUUGCUGAUUCUUCGUCUCGAGCUCUCAAGGGUGCUAAGGAAUGCGAUGGAGAAAGUACCAGAACCAUUGGUGUGAUUGGUAAAAUCGAUCAAGUUGCUUCUGACCAGAAAGCCCUUGCAGUUGUUCAGACUCUUUUGAACUCAUUGGAGACUGCAUGGAAUGCAGAGAGUGAGAGUCUGAAGUCCAUACUGACUGGAGCACCAUAAAGUAAGCUGGGUAGAGUAGCUUUGGGGGAUGCUCUGGCAUAGUAGAUUCGUAAACGUAUGAAAGUUCGGAUUCCUAACCUCCUAUCAGGGUUUUGCUAGUUCAAUUUGUUGGUGUUUGUCGGUUGAACUAGCCAUUGAAGAAUUGGUUUCUUACUGGGAGAUUUCAUUAUCUACCUCAUAAAUCAUGAGGAGAUAAGUAAGAACAAGGGAGGAAAGAAUAGAAAAGCAAAGCAUGAAUCAAAUGGUUCUCAUUAGUUAUUUGUAUUCUGCAACUGCUCAGGAUUCAACAGUAGAACAUGUGAUAGCCAUUACCGCCAGAGGGAACAACGUCAUGUUGAUUGAAACCUCGCUGAUCACACUUUUUCAAGGCCUGUUCGUACACGUCUGCAGAGCUUGGUAGAAAGAUUAAAUAGGCCACUGUCGAACCAACCAGAACAUGAUCACAAGCUACCUCAAGGGCACCCUCAACUUCAGGGUAACCCUUUGCUUCUUCAUUAUCAGCUCAAAAAGAGUUUUGUGUUUUUCCAAGCUGCUAAACUGAUGAUUGUUUGUUUGUUUAUUCAGGGUUUUGUGAUCUCGGACUGGUAAGGAAUUGAUAGGAUCACCAGGCUCUUGUGAGAAAAUAUUCUAUUAGGUUGAGUUUUUUGGUGUUAAGUUUAUGGCAAUUCAUGUUUAGCCAUGUGAACAAUAGUAUGGAUCAUGAAUCAUGAUACAGAUUAUGUAUUGAUGUAUGGUA